AAGCUGGACCGCUCCAACGGCUGGAGUCACUCGCCAUGCGGAAGCAAUGAGAUCUGAAGCAGAGCUUGAAACCGUGGCAUCCCGUCAGCGGGCAUUUGCAAGCGGAGUGCCGCAUCGAUCUCUUUUGCUCUGCUUUAGCUUGCCUACUGCUCUUUGACUGUCCACAAGGCUCAGAAGACUCAGCGUGCCCAGUGCUUCGAAAGUGUCGAAGUGCCUUCUUCCGAUGCCCUUAUGAGCUGACGGUGCCUAUGCUAGGACGCUCAAGACUGACGACAGGCAGUGAGCUAUAAAGUAAGGUUUCUUACGCCCCCGUACAGUUUCCUGCCCCCCCUCACCACCACCCCACCCUCUUCUAUCCACCCACCGCUUCUUCCACAUUCUACAUUUCAUCAUCAUGAAGUUCUCCGCCAUUGCUGUUGGUGCUGCUGCCGUCAUUGGCAGCACAUUCGCCCAGAAUGCCACCACUCCUUGCUCCAAGUACGCUGAGGCCCUCUUCGGCGCCAGCAACGGCACCACUCAGCUCAACCUCCUGACUGCUCUGGUGAACACUGCCGUCAUCGGCAACUACUCCGCCGGCGCCAUGAACGCCGUCACCGGUAUCCUGAACCCCGGCCGCACCAGCACCGGCGAAGAGGUCAACCUCUUGGGUUACUUCAACGGUUCCAUUGUCUCCACCAACCGCGGCAACAUGCCCGUCGCGCUGAACUUCCUCGACGGUGGAGGAGCUGAGCCCCUGAAGCAGAACAAGCCUGCCAACGACGACGCCCGCGACUCCAACCAGUACAAGCUCUUGACUCACUUGUACCAGUACUUUGGUGCCCUCCUCGGAUGCUCUGCCGAGGGUUUCCCCGCCUACCAGGGAUCCGUCUCUCAGUCCGCCGUUCACCGUUACAUGAACCUCAACACUGCUCAGGUCACCUACUUCAUUGAGCAGGUCGGUGCUGCUGCCACCUCUUUCGGUGUCACCCAGGAGGACGUCACCAGCGUUGCCAACACCCUUUCUCAGGCGUUCAACGUUCGUUGCGCUCCCGCCAUGAAGCUGCCCGCCAGCGCUCCCGAGGCCUACUCUCAGUCCAUUUGCGUUGCCGCUGACUGCCCUCUGGCUCCCAACUCCAACUGCGGCGCUGUCACCGACAUGUCCUUCCCCAACGGUACCAACAACGCUAUGCCCGCCCGCGCUUCUGCCUCCGGAACUGGCUCCGGCUCCGGCUCUGGCUCUGGCUCCGGCUCCGGCUCUGGAUCUGGUGGCCGUGACUCUGCCACUGGCAUCUCUGCCAUGAACGCCAUUGGUGGUGUUGCCCUCCUCGUCGCGGGCGCCGUCGCCAUCACCCUCUAAAGAGAGACUUUUACCGUCCUGUAGUCCAGUGUCGCUGACGCUGACCACGACUCUUUCAAGUAAAACUUCCUUGCAUUCACCGACACUCGUACUAGCGCGUGUUUGGCUUGUUGCAUCGUGUCCGUUGCAUACCAAAUACAUGAUGCAUGUUCAGCCAUCUCGCGGUUUCAAUGCCAACUGCCUGAACUGAACUUAGCCGUCGAGAGAUUUUCAC